AUGAAGGAAGGGGUGGCGACCUUUUCGUUCGGUCGUCCCACCCACUCCAACGAUUUGUUACAAAAAUCGAUUUUCAUUGAGUGUGUAGUGUUAGACACCGGCUCCUUGCACGGAAAUAUUGGUGCAAGCAGAAUGAUUAAGCGAUGUAUACCCGGGGUGCUGUUAUGGUGGUUGCGGUUGCUCUUUACGAGAUUCGGUAAUGGGUUACCCAAGAAUGACUGCCAUCUUGCUUCAUUUGGACUGUCGAUCGAUCUGGUACCACUGUGCAGGUCCACUUUCCAUCAUAAUUAA